CGCCGAGGGGGCGUUGUCCCGAUGGUUCCGCAGCCCGGGGACCUCCGUGAGCCGCGCUGAGGGCGGCCCGUGACGAGGCGGCGGCGGGUCAGGGAGUGGCGUCCGAAGGCACACCUCGGAGCUAUUGUGGGUUCGGUUCCAGGCCCCCGCAAUAAAGUGAGUAUCACAACAAAGUGAGUAGUCUUUUUGCUGGUGAAGAGGGCCUUGCCUUCAAGUUGUAGAAAAUGCAGCGUCUGUGGAGUACAAGAUAGUGACGCCCGAUGAAACAAGGUCUCCUGCACCCGAGCAUGGACCCGGUGGCGGCACACGGCUGCCACCUGCUGCAGCAGCUGCACGAGCAGCGCAUCCAGGGCCUGCUCUGCGACUGCACGCUGGUGGUGCGGGGCGUCUGCUUCAAAGCGCACAAGAACGUCCUGGCCGCCUUCAGCCAGCGCUUCAGGAGCCUCUUCCAGAAUUCUUCAGGCCAGAAGAAUGAUGUUUUUCACUUGGAUAUUAAAAACGUAAGCGGCAUUGGGCAGAUCCUGGACUUCAUGUACACGUCUCAUCUAGAGCUUAACCAGGACAAUGUACAGGUGAUGCUGGACAUAGCGCAGUGUUUGCAAGUUCAAAACGUUCUGAAUCUGUGUCACACGUUUUUAAAAUCAGCCACUGCGGAACAGCCCCCGGGCCUGCCGUGCAGCAGUGCAUUCUCCCUGCAGAGCGCCCCGACUCCGGACGCCAGCUGUGUUGUCAGUGAAAGCUACUCCCCUCACGUCCUGCCAGAGUGCGUGGCGGAUGCCCAGCACAGUAAGGCCUCGGGCGCGCCGCACUCGCGGGCUGCACCGUCCAUUCCCCCUCACCGCCCCGCCGGUGAGACGUCGAAACAAGCCCCCGAGACCUUAGACAGCGGCUGCGCAGAACUGCCGUUCAAACAGCCAAAUUACUACUACAAGCUCAGAAACUUGUACAGUAAGCAGUACUACAAACAAGCCACUUGUCCCAGUCACGAGAGAAUAGUCGAGCAGCCUUUCGCCGUCGGCCCGUCCACAGACCUGACAGCUGCGGAAAGCCAGCCUUGUGUGGCCGGUCAUUCCGAAUGCGCCCUGCCGGCCGCGGAGCGCUUACCUCCCAACCUCCUGGCCCAGCCUCUGAGCGAGCCUGCCCCAGACCCCGAGUCGGACGACACGUGCCAGCAACCUACCAAACAGAUGAGGCUCAAAAAGGCCAUUCACCUGAAGAAGCUCAAUUUCCUGAAGUCACAGAAAUGUGCAGAGCAAACUUCUGCACCUAAGUCGGAUGAGGGCUUAACAAAGAGGAUGGACUCUGCUAGUGAAAACAGCGCAGAGAAAGCCAGCAGUCGAAGUGCCGAAGACAAAGGCAGGGAAGAGCCGGUCGGUUCUGGGGAUUUUAAUUGUGUUAAUGACACGGAGAGGCCUGAGGAGCUUGUGGCACUAGAAGACCAGUCCCAGAUGCUGCAGUCCCAGAGACAGUACGCAUGCGAAUUGUGUGGAAAGCCUUUUAAACACCCGAGCAAUCUGGAGCUUCACAAGCGGUCUCAUACAGGUGAGAAACCUUUUGAAUGUAACAUUUGUGGGAAACAUUUCUCUCAGGCAGGUAACUUGCAGACUCACUUACGCCGGCAUUCCGGGGAAAAACCGUACAUCUGCGAAGUCUGCGGCAAGAGGUUUGCAGCCUCUGGUGACGUCCAGCGUCACAUUAUUAUUCACUCGGGGGAGAAGCCGCACUUGUGUGACAUCUGUGGCCGAGGGUUUAGCAACUUCAGCAACCUGAAGGAGCAUAAGAAGACACACACGGCCGACAAGGUGUUCACUUGUGACGAGUGCGGGAAGUCUUUCAACAUGCAGAGGAAGUUGGUAAAGCACCGGAUCCGGCACACGGGGGAGCGGCCCUACAGCUGUUCGGCCUGUGGAAAAUGCUUCGGGGGAUCCGGGGACCUCCGCAGGCACGUCCGCACGCACACCGGGGAGAAGCCGUACACGUGUGAGAUCUGCGACAAGUGCUUCACCCGCUCGGCGGUGCUGCGGCGGCACCGGCGGAUGCACUGCCCGGCCGACGACGAGGGCCGGGACGCCCUGCAGGAGCUCGCGCACGCCUUCGAGGCCUCCGACCUGGACAGGGCCCAGCUCUCGGAUUCGUUUUCCCAAGACGUGUCUGUACCUGUGGUGCCCGCGUCUGCUAAGCUCCCCGGCCCCCCGGGGGAAGAGUCGAUGGCAGAGCUGGACGGCCACCCCGCCGGCUCCUACUGUAAAUUCCGGCCUGCGGCUCAGCCGCAUGGAGUCGGCGACCAGGAGAAGCUAACUUUGGAUCCCGGCAAACUUGCCAAGGCCCCGGGGCAGCAUGCGCAGCAUCAGGCCUUUGCUUACUCGGCCGCAGACGCCUCCACCAGCGACGGGCCGCUGCCGGCCGACGGCAUGGCCACCAUCCGCUCCUCUCUGGCCACUUUGGACAAUCACUGCGGCGACCCCCUGGGUGGCCGGGUGUCGGCCACAGCCUACAGGAACUCAGAAGGCCAGUUCUUCUCCAGCAUGACGCUGUGGGGGCUGGCGAUGAAGACGCUGCAGAACGAAAAUGAGCUGGAGCAGUGACGCCGACGCCCGUGCCCCUCGGCGCCCGGGGCCGGCUCAGUUCAGCAGGCCCGUGUCCAGGGCAGCGCCGCUCCCGGCAGCGCCCUCUCUGACCAGCCCAGGCCCGGCUGGAUCGUUCCCCUCCCCGCGCCCCCCCCCCAUGUGGCUUAGCUGGAAGCCUUGUGAGCUCAGGGCUUGGGAGGAAAGGCCGCGGGCUCACGGGGAAGCAGACGCGCGCGUGGGAUUGGGUACCAACAGGGGCCAGAGGCUGGAGGAGCCACUCGCUCACUGUGGCCGACAUGAUAGCGUUAGAUGGCACCAACUACUGUACCGUAUGGUCAUGCUAAAGGGGAAAAUAUAUGUAAUACAAAUAUUUCUGCAUUUUUAUAUGAUUGAAAUUUGUCGCAUUUUGUAUUUUUAUUUACACAGAUUUUAUUUGUAUAAGA